UAUAUAUAUAUAUAUAGAGAGAGAGAGAGAGAGAGAGAGAGAGAGCUUAAAAUGUAGAGCCUAAUUUUUUUGUAGGAGUUUCUGGUUCAUGCUUUUAAAGAAAAACUUAAACAAGUUAGACAACCUCUCGUUAAUGAUGUAACAGUCAUAGAACAUAAAAAAAAGUAUGGGCGUGCCAAUGGAGGGCGUAAAAGAAAAUCAAUUAUUCUAAACCAGUCAAUGACUCAGAUAUUGUCUGCUAAGAGGCUCUGCCACUCGAUUGAGCAAGAAGAACACGAUGUCACUGAUGAUCUUUUGGCAUUACUAUCUGAAGAGUGCAAUAAGCUGCGUCCUGAUGUAUUUUUCCUGAAAAGUCAAAUCCGUUUAAUCAUUGGCACUCUCAAGAAACAUUGCCAAAACAGCACUGUGAAGGAUAUUUUAGAUAAAUUUCCCUGUCUCAAGUUUGAGAAAGUUUUGCUAGAAGCUUCAAAUGCUUUGACUAAUACAGAUAUUGAUAGAAAUUUGUUACGACUUUUGAACAAAAUGUGUAAAGGCUUCCAAACUUUAGUGGAAUUAAAAAUGAGCCUGAAAACUAAAUGCAGGUCUCUUUUAAUUGAUAUCAAUGAAGAAUCAGACGAGAGUAUUUCGAAGAAUUUAAGAGCUGCGAUGCUAGUUCAUUUGUUCACAAAGGAAAAGAGUGUACUAUAUGUUUUUGACACAGAUCCGGUUUGUCUCACUCCGAUUCUCCGAAUUAAGGGCCCGGUUCUUAGACCAAUUUCUAUUGAUUUAUUUGUCGAUAUAUUACUUGUUGCAACAGACAUUCCAGAUUUUUCAUGUGGUGUCACUAUGGUUAUGGCGGCAUAUUUUUUAUUUGAUAUUGCCUAUCCUAAGCCGUUGGUAAAAACAUCUAAUUUUAUUGAACACCACAUUAUAUCGGAUAAAGUUAAACUUUGUAAAACAGCAAACCAAAUAUCAAAAAUAUGCAAACUUUAAAUGAUAUGAUAUAAAUUGA